CCCACCGCAAAUUCUCCAACUAUAUAUUUCCUGAAUCGGAGAAUUCUAACCUGCGCGACUCCGAUCACCUCCGUUUUAUAUCUCACACCACGCGAUCCGCGCGCAAUGGCGGGCGACAAAUCGUCCUCCUCUGCCCGCUCGGCGGAGAAAAAGUCGGGGCUGAAGCGCAAGAGUACUAGUGCGAGUGUCAAGGAUGAGGGGGAGUCGAAGAAAUCUCGCGGUGGAAAGAGAGAGGAUAAGGAAAAUGUGAAUGUGAAUGUGAAUGUGAAUGUGAAUCAGGAGGAGGAGGUGGAGAAGAAGCAGCGGAAGAGUAAGAAAAGACGGAUUGAUAAUGAUGAUGACGAUGAAGAUGGCAAUGGGAAUGACAACGACGACGGCGAUAAGGAGAAAAAGACGAAGAAGAAGAAGAAGGAUGUCGAUGUGAAGGAGGAUGCCGAGGACAAGACAAAGAAGAAACAGAAGAAGAGGGUGUCGUUCUCUGCUGCUGUGAAGGAAUAUGAUGGGAGCGAGGCCGAGGAUGAAGCUGAGGUCGAGGCCGAGGUCGAGGUCGAUGUCGAGCCGUCGGUGAAGGCUGAUGCAGAGGAGAAGACAAAGACCAUGGAAGAGGAUGACGCGGAGGAGCGGAAGAGGAGGAAGAAGGAGAAGAAGAAGGAGAAGAAAGAGAAGAAGCAGAAGGAGUACGGUUCAGCCACGGGGGAUUCUGCGACGACUGCGACUACGACUGCGAACGGGGGGGAGCCGAAAGUCCACGAAAGCCCGCUCGUUUCCUACCUCAACCUCUACCACAAGCAUCGGUCGGCGUGGAAGUUCCAAAAAAAUCGCGAGACGCAACUCUUCAAGCAGAUCUUGUCGCUGGAGCAUGUUCCCGCGCAGUACAAUGCGGCGUUGCUUGCCUAUCUACAGGGGCUGAAGGGUGAGGCGGCGAAGUUGCGCCUGCGACAGAUCGCGGAGGAGGUUGUCAAGGCGGAUGUCGAGGCUGAGGAUCAGCAGCAGACUACAACUACGGAGCAAUCGAAGGAGGAGUCUACGACGACGACGACGACGACGGAUUUGGAGAAGUACAAUACGGCGGUUGGGCUUUUCCGGAAGGGUUUGCCGGAUGGCGUCUGCAACAUGGAUAUGGCGGACCAGUUUGAUCCCGAGACGUUGAAGAAACUCGAGAAGAGACAGAGAGCGGAGCUCAUCCUGUUUGCUGUCAUCGGCACGUUCUUCGACUACCAGAGGCCCAAGGGCGCAAAGAAGGCGACACAGAAUCAGCCCAACAAGAAGAAGAAGAAGAACCGUACCGUUUUCGUGGAGAUCUCGAGCAGCAGUGAGAGUGAGAGUGAGAGCGACAGCGAAAGUGAUAGCGAUAGUGAUAGCGACGAUGAAAAGACGGCCAAGUCCAAGAAAACAAAGACGAAGUCCAAGCCUGCGAAGAAAGCCAAAGACAGCAGCAGCGACAGCGACAGCGAUUCCAGCUCGAGUGAUUAGUCGACGUCCUGUUUUCCUCUCUCCGUGAUCUCAACCAUCGUCCCUCAUGAAAGACCUUCAAUGCUUCAUUUGCAUGUCGCAAGCCCAACGUCGAGGCUUUUUUCGUUGACUUCAGAGCAUCGUUAGGGGUUUAAAAAGUAUUGAUACCUAGACCAGGCAUAUA